AUGGCGUUAGAAAACUAUAUAUACCAUGGCAACAUUGAAGCAGAGAUCGAUCUCCUGCGACCAGAGAUCUUGAGGCCUUUGAAGUCCGGUAAGGCCCUCGAUCUCCGUGACCAGAGAUCGAAGACGAACACGAAGAGGGAGACCUUGGACAAUUACUCGUUGGAAGUCAAUAAUCUAGCAUUGGUGAUCCUAGGACAUAUGGAAAAGGCCCUGAAAGUGAGUACUGGGAUUAAGGAGGCAUUUGCAGAUGGAGCUCAACAGAUGCAGUUUAACUACUACCCGCCGUGCCCUCAAUCAGAGAAAGUCAUCGGCCUGAGCCCUCAUUCCGAUAUGGGUCUCACUGUCCUUCAAACCAAUGAUGUUGUAGGUCUCCAAAUUAAGAAAAAUGGCAAUUGGCUUACUAUUAAGCCCAUCCCAGGACCCUUCAUCGUCAACCUUGGAGACAUGAUUGAGAUUAUAACCAACGACAUAUACCCUAGCGUCGAGCAUCACGUGAUAGUGAACCCGAAGAAAGAAAGGCUCUGA